AUGGCGGAGCUAAAACUUGCCCCGGAAUUAGGUUCUGAAAUGGUGGAGUCUGUGACAAUGCUUCCGCCUGUCCAACGCCAUAUCACCGGACACAACAGCGGUGGAAAGAGCAUUUAUCUCGACUCACCGCCUGUUAGAUAUUGGCCGGUUCCCAAUGCUGGCGGGACAGGUCGCUCAUAUGCAGUUGGUUCUGUACCCGCAAAGUUGGCCGCGGACAUCGACUUGAAAUCAUAUCUCCAAGAAAGUGGCCCUACGAGCUCGACUGGACAAAACAUCGUGCCUUAUGGCACGGGGGCGAAUCUUCUUGUGGUUGACCUUAUUCCAGGUGCCAAAAGUCAACUUCAUCGAACAGUUUCGAUCGAUUUCUCCAUCUGUGUUAUGGGUGAAGUCUUACACGAGCUUGAUAGCGGCGAGGUAGUGCGUUUACUACCAGGGGUUUGUCUCCCUUCCCUCCGAGUCGGUCUUCUGAGCGGAUGCCCUAAUUGCUUUUCUGUGAACAGGACCAUAUAG